GAGCUAUCACUGUGGGGUGUUUAGGGCCGUUUGGAGCACGGUGGGCAGCGUGCCGAAAUUGAAGUCGCAUUCAAAUAUAGUGCUUCUUGUUCGUUUGGAGAUAAAUAAUGGCUAGCAGAGCUGUCCAAAGUUCAGUUCGUCACGUCAAGCCAUUAAUAUCGCACAACAGGGAAGAAGCGAAGUCAAGAGUGUUCGGGCUGUACAAAGCAUGGUAUAGACAAAUGCCAUACAUAGUGAUGGACUAUGAUAUUCCCAAGUCUGUUGAACAAUGCCGGGCUAAGCUGCGAGAGAAGUUUGAACAGAACCGCCAUGUGAAGGACAUCCGUGUAAUUGAUGCACUGGUGGUGAAGGGCCAGCAGGAGCUGAAGGAGACUGUGAACAUCUGGAAGCAGAAGCACCAUCUCAUGUCUUACUACUUCAAGGAGUCCCAGGAUCCCAAGCCUAAGGACUUCCUCUCCAAGUUCUUGUCUGGUCAUUAGAACGUCAUGGUAUGUUAUAAGCUCAGAGAAUGUAUGUAAAUAGAUGAAUCAUAUAAAAUGGAAGAUAUAUUGAUGAACACGGAAA